AACAGGGCAAUGACCCAAAACAUACCUCCAGGCUGUGUAAGGGCUAUUUGACCAGGAAGGAGAGUGACGGAGUGCUGCAUCAGAUGACCUGGCCUCCACAAUCCCCUGACUUCAACCCAAUUGGGAUGAGUUGAGUGAAGGAAAAGCAGCCAACAAGUGCUCAGCAUAUGUGGGAACUCCUUCAAGACUGUUGGAAAAGUAUUCCAGGUGAAGCUGGUUAAGAGAAUGCCAAGUGUUUGCAAAGCUGUCAGAGGCAAAGGGUGGCUACUUUGAAGAAUCCCAAAUAUAAAAUAUAACAGUUUUGGUUACUACAUGAUUCCAUAUGUUAUAUCAUCACUAUUCUACAAUGUAGAAACUAGUCAAAAUAAAGAAACCCUUGAAUGAG